CUGCCAUUUGUUGAGCAUAGCACCUUGGGGUACAUAACCUGGUUAGUUACAGGGGAUGACUCCAACCCUCUCACAACACAAAUAUACCCCGCGACAAUCUUGCUAUGGACACCUCCACACCCUCCCAAUCCAUAGAACACCGGGAACUUCCUCACCAUUCGUCAUCCACAACCGCCGCCGCCGCCGCCGUUACUGCUGCGACGACGGCCUCUUAUUUAAACAUCGCUUCCACGCUCGUCGCUCCAAGCACCUUUCUGGCAAACCAUCGCUCUCCUCAAGAUCCAGUCUUCCGUCCGUCGCCAGCACGAGCGGCACCCAGUACAAUGGACAAACGACAACCACCCAGUUCUUUUCAGCAGCUUGAGAAACUUGGUGAAGGAACCUAUGCUACAGUCUUUAAAGGGCGCAACCGCCAGACUGGCGAGAUGGUCGCGCUGAAGGAAAUCCACCUAGACUCAGAGGAAGGCACACCAUCAACAGCCAUCCGAGAAAUAUCACUCAUGAAAGAAUUAAAGCACGAAAACAUCGUCUCCCUCUACGACGUCAUCCACACAGAGAACAAACUCAUGCUUGUUUUCGAGUUCAUGGACAAGGAUCUAAAACGCUACAUGGACUCACGCGGCGACCGCGGCCAACUAGACUAUGUCACCAUUAAAUCCUUCAUGCAGCAGCUGCUCCGCGGCAUCGCAUUUUGCCACGAAAACAGGGUCCUCCACCGCGAUCUCAAGCCGCAGAACCUCCUCAUCAACACCAAGGGCCAGCUGAAGCUGGGUGAUUUUGGCCUGGCGCGCGCCUUUGGAAUACCCGUAAAUACCUUUUCCAAUGAAGUCGUCACCCUCUGGUACCGUGCCCCAGAUGUCCUCCUGGGCAGCAGGACAUACAACACCAGCAUCGACAUCUGGUCCGCCGGCUGCAUCAUGGCAGAAAUGUAUACAGGCCGCCCCCUAUUCCCCGGCACAACGAACGAGGACCAAUUGCAAAAGAUCUUCCGUCUAAUGGGCACUCCCUCCGAGCGCUCGUGGCCCGGUAUCUCCAAUUUCCCUGAGUACAAACCCAACUUCCAAGUCUAUGCGACACAGGAUCUCCGCCUAAUCUUACCACAGAUCGACCAGUUGGGAUUGGACUUGUUGAGUCGCAUGUUGCAGCUUCGGCCGGAAAUGCGCAUCAGUGCUGCUGAUGCACUGCGCCAUCGCUGGUUUCAGGAUUUGAACCAGCUACAGGCUCAGAAAUCCGCGCAACAACAGCAGCAGAUGUCGGCUGGUGGGUACGGGGCAUCAGGACUUGUUUCGCAAAGCGGCUAUUGAGAGGUGUUUUGGCUUUCUCUCAGUUUCUAUCUACGUUUCCCCCCGCUUUUCCUUGAACCAAUAGGCUUGGUGUGUUGGAUUAAUUGAUUGAUUUGACGACUAGGUAAAUGGAGGGUGGACUGAGCAGCGCGGCGUUUUUUGUCGUUGGACGGGGAUCUAUUAUUUUCGUGUUACCUCCUAACCUACGAUGGGCAUCUAUCUUUUUAUGUUAAUGUGGGAACUCUUUAAUUCCAUAUGCAGUUUUAAUUGGUCAUGAUAUGACCUUGGAUCCGCUUUAGUUUUGAUUUUUGAUAUAUGGUUUCAGGUUAGGGAUUGAUCAGGCUUCGUCUCUGGUCAGAGUUGAAGCUGAUUUCGCAAGAUUAUACAGUGAAAGACUUCUAGAGAGUGUAAGAAUCGAUUAUUCAAGAUCAUGUAGCC